UGACGCCGAAGUCACGUGAAGGGCCGGGCCGCCCCUGCCGCCGCGGCCGCUUUGUAAGAGGCAAAUUGGCAGGACCCUGAACGCUGCAGCGUGCGUUUUCUAGUCCCGUGUUUGGCUCUUCUGAAUCCCCAGCCCCCUUCAGGCUGCCCAGUGCCCACCCGUGAGGACCGGGCCGAGCUUCCUUCUCCGGCUUCACGCUUUCUCAAUUUUCUAUUUUGAACAUACGUUAUUUUGUAUAUAUUGUAUAUGAUGACAUCAGUGAGCAGUGACCGUUGCCGAGGUGCUCAGGAAAAAACACAGAUUUCAGCAACACAGGCAACACAACCACAGAAACAAGUGGUACGGGCAACAGCCGAACAGAUGCGUCUCGCUCAAGUGAUCUUUGAUAAGAAUGAUUCAGAUUUUGAAGCUAAAGUUAAACAGCUUAUGGAAGUGACAGGGAAAAAUCAGGAUGAAUGCAUAGUGGCCCUACAUGACUGUAAUGGAGAUGUGAAUAAAGCUAUCAAUAUAUUGCUGGAAGGGAAUUCAGACACUACUUCAUGGGAGACUGUUGGGGGGAAGAAGAAGAACUUUGUAAAAGAAAGUUCGGAAAACAAAGAGAAAAAAGAGAAGAGAAGUGAGAGAGAAGCAAGUCAUGGACGUGGAAACAACAACCGGAAAGGAAGAGGUGGCAAUCGUUCCAGAGAGUUUAGAGGCGAAGAGAAUGGAAUUGAUUGCAAUCAAGGGGACAAACCUUCGGACCGGGGCAAGCGAGCCCGUGGUAGAGGAUUUGGACAUGGUAGAGGGAGAGGGAUAGGAAAGUUCUCAACCCAAAGCAUGGGGACAUUUAAUCCUGCAGACUACUCAGAUUCUCCAUCUACAGAUGGGAGUGGGACAAAGUUAGUUUGGGAAGCUGCUCAGAAUGGUGCAGGUGAGGGAACUGAACUGGCAUUAAGUUCUCACAAUAUUGCUCAGGAUCUGCCAAACAACAAAAGUUCUUAUGGACUGAAAGGGGCCUGGAAGAAUUCUGUGGAAGAGUGGACAACAGAAGACUGGACUGAAGAUCUUUCUGAAACAAAGGUCUUCACUGCUUCCUCUGUUCCAGCCGAGAAUCGUGUCACAAUUGGGCAAAGCCUUGAUCUGGUAGCCUUGCUCCAGAAGCCUGUUCCUCCUAGUCAAGCCUCAGAAGUCAACUCCUUUGAAACUUCCCAACAGCAGGACUUUGGUCAAGCUCUUGUCUUCACAAAUUCUCAGCACAACAAUCAGAUGGCAACAGGGACUGGCAGCUCCACCGCUGUGAACUCCUGUUCUCCUCAGAGUCUGUCAUCCGUUCUCGGCUCAGGAUUUGGAGAACUUGCACCAUCAAAAAUGGCAAACAUCACCAGCUCCCAAAUUUUGGACCAGUUGAAAACUCCGAGUUUGGGCCAGUUUACCACCACCCCAAGUUCACAGCUGAAUAGUGCAAAUCCUCCCACAACUUCUACUUCUUGGGAUCUCAAGCCCUCAGCAUCCCAGUCCUCAGUCUUCAAUCAUUUUGAUUUCAAAUCUCAGCCUGAGCCAUCCCCAGUUCUUAGCCAGUUGAGCCAGCGACAGCAGCACCAGACGCAGGCAGUCCCUGUUCCUCCUCCUGGUUUGGAGUCUUGUCUUUCCCAGGCAAAACUUCAAGAAUCAGUGCCUGGAGACAGUACUUCCACUGUGAACAAACUUUUGCAGCUUCCCAGAGUGACUGUCAAAAACAUCGCUGUGCCUGCCCACCAAACACAGCCCAAACACAUAAAACUUCCUAAGCGACGGAUACCUCCAGUUUCUAAGAUUCCAGCUUCUGCAGUGGAAAUGCCUGCUUCAGCAGAUUUCACAGGAUUAAAUGUUCAGUUUGGGGCCCUGGAGUUUGGAUCAGAACCCUCUCUCUCCGAAUUUGGAUCAGUUCCAAGCAGUGAGAAUAGUAAUCAGAUCCCCAUCAGCUUGUAUUCGAAGUCUUUAAGUGAUCCUUUGAAUACAUCCUUACCAAUGACCAGUGCAGUACCAAACUCCACCUAUACAACUUCAGUCAUUACCUCCUCCAGUCUCACUAGCUCAUCUGUGAGCUCCACUAGUCUAGUAACAACGUCUUCCUCCCAUGACCAGAGUUCUGUGCAUGACAGGAUUGUAUACCAAAGCUCUGUGAGUCCAUCGGAGUCAGCUCCAGGAACCAUCACGAAUGGACAUGGUGGUGGUCGAAGUCAGCAGACACUAGACACUACUUCAUCUGUUCCAGCUCCAAAGACAACAGACCCUCCCUCCGCCUUCCCAUCUGUGGGCUCCCUGCCCAGCACCACCUCCUGUGCCACGCUUCUACCCUCCACCUCCCAGCACCCUGCCACUUUGCCUUCCUUGUCUCAGCCUGGAGACAUAUCCAGCAGCCCCAUCUCUCAGCUUAGCAGUUCACUGUCCGGCCAGCAGAGCAGUCUCUCCUCUGCGCACUCAGCACUCUCCUCGAGCACGUCACACACACACACCAGUGUGGAGAAUACCCCUUCCCUCCAAUCCUCAGCCACCUUUUCAACGGCAGCAACCUCCGUCUCGAGUGCCACAUCCUCAGGUGUCAGCCUUCCCAGUAGCAUGAACACAGUGAACAGCCUUUGCCUGGGUGGGGCCACUGUAAGUGCACCCAACAGCAGUACCAGGGCUGCACCCUUGGUGACCUCAGGCAAAGCACCCCCAAACCUGCCCCAGGGGGUGCCUCCCCUGCUGCACAACCAGUACCUUGUAGGCCCCGGAGGACUGCUUCCUGCCUACCCGAUCUAUGGCUAUGAUGAGCUCCAGAUGCUGCAGUCACGGUUGCCAGUGGAUUACUACGGAAUUCCCUUUGCUGCACCUACAGCCCUUGCCAGCCGAGAUGGGAGUCUCCCUAAUAAUCCAUAUUCAGGUGAUGUCACAAAGUUUGGUCGAGGUGACUCUGCAUCGCCUGCCCCCUCCACCACACUAGCUCAGCCACAGCAGAGCCAAUCCCAGACCCACCACACAGCGCAACAGCCCUUUCUGAAUCCUGCACUGCCACCUGGCUAUAGCUACACCGGCCUUCCCUACUACACAGGCGUGCCCAGUGCAUUCCAGUAUGGGCCCACCAUGUUUGUCCCUCCAGCCUCAGCCAAGCAGCAUGGUGUGAACCUUAGCACCCCUACCACCCCUUUCCAGCAGGCCAGUGGUUAUGGUCAGCACAGCUAUGGCACAGGUUACGAUGACCUGACCCAGGGGACAGCAGGGGACUACACCAAGGGUGGCUAUGGUGGAUCAUCGCAGGCGCCAAACAAGUCUACAGGUUCUGGGCCUGGCAAAGGAGUAUCAGUGUCUUCAAGUGCCACUGGCCUACCUGAUAUGACUGGUUCUGUCUACAAGACGACUCAGACUUUUGACAAGCAGGGAUUUCAUGCAGGGACCCCACCACCUUUCAGCCUGCCCUCAGCCUUGGGCUCCCCUGGGCCCCUGGCCCCUGCAGCGGCCCCUGGCUAUGCGCCCCCACCAUUCCUGCACAUUUUGCCAGCCCACCAGCAGCCCCACUCACAGCUGCUGCACCACCACCUUCCGCAGGAGGCCCAGAAUGGCUCUGGUCAGCGCAACCAGCCCAGCUCCCUACAGCCCAAGUCUCAGGCCUCCAAACCUGCUUACAGCAACUCUCCUUACUGGACAAACUAGACCCCGAAGAAAGGGGUAGGCUGGGCAGGGCUUACCCUUGGCAAGAGAUAACAUGUGGAGCACAUUUCUAAGAGCCCAGUGUCCUUUUCUAGAAUUCCUAGAUGUGUAACUGUGGCAGCCAAGCCUCUGAGGGGAGCCUGCCUCCCAGACCUGCUAUUGUAUGUUACAUAUUUAUGUAUUUGUAAUGUGAUAGAAGCUAUAGGGAGGGGGUGUGUGGCUGCAGAUAGUAGCCAGGUCUGCUCUGCUUAUUCAAGCCCCUUCUUGCUGUAGCAAAGAAACCCCCACCCCUUUCUGCCUUCAGGCCUCCCACAUUGCCCCUAGCAGCCCACUGGGCAGGAGGGCUUUCUCUGGAAGGGCUGGUUCAAGGCAGUUUGGGUAUUGGGAUCAGGUACCAAUGAAGAAUCACAACUUAACUUGCUCCCUAGUAAACCAUUGUUUUGAGUUUUCUUCCCUUUGUAAUUACUUUAUACCUCUGUUUUUGAGAAACUGGUCUUUUCAUCAUGGUCCUCUUUGCCAAGUCUUGAUCUGAGAAUAGCAAAGAUAUCCCUGCACCUAACAUCCUAUUUGUCUUCAUAUAGAGUAUAGAGCAGGGGCUUCUGUUCUCCAGUCUGGUCUUGUCCCCAGAGACUUGCCUUCCCCUGGCUGACCAUUUUAAAAAUAAUCUGAACUAGGGCUCAGAGAUGUUCAGCUGGUCAGGUCCUCUAUUCCAGUUGUCCUGAACUAGGUGGGCAGCUGUUUCAGGGGUUUUCUCUUGCCUGAACUCCACCUAAUAAAGUUCUGAGAGCAUG